AGAAAUGCUGAGUUAAUGUAAAGGACCAGGAGAGGCGCUGCAGGGUAUUCAGGCAAAGUGGGAACCUAUCUCCCUCUCUCUCUCUCUCUAUCUCUCCUCCUUCUCCUCUCUGUCUGACUCUCUCUUAUUUUAGAGGCGUGUUCAAGACAAAGCAGGUCUAUCAUCUGUGUCCUUUGGUGAGCAGACACUUCUGAAACACAGCUCCUCAGUCUUUGAGCAAGAUGCAGAGGUGGGUCGUGAUCUGUUGUGCUCUCCUGGCUCUGGUUGGUGCUGACGAGUGUCCAGAUGGAGGGAGAUGUAAAGACGGUCAAACCUGCUGCUACGACCCAGCCAACGGCUAUGAAUGCUGCCCAUUUGCACAGGCUGAGUGCUGUGGGGAUCACAUGCAUUGCUGUCCUGCGGGAACAGUCUGCGAUACAGCCACGUCCAGCUGUCUGAACUCUACUGGGUCCAUCCCCUGGGUGGAAAGAGUCUCUGCUGAUCAGCCCCGACACUCUAAAUCCUUCAGGAUGAUCAAGACACACAUGGGGGAGGAUGACGACAAAAUCUGUCCCGAUUGGUCACGAUGCCCACCUGAGUUUUCCUGUCUAAAGGCCUUGACAAGGUUUGGCUGCUGUCCCCUAGCUCAGGGAGUCCCCUGCUCUGAUGGGAAACACUGCUGUCCUGAGGGCCAUCAGUGCAGCGCAGACAGCCGCUCCUGCAUUGAAAAAGAGCUUGUGACCACAGUUCUGUGCAGUGACGGAAUAUCAGAGUGUCCAGAUGAAACCACCUGCUGUGAAACCCCAGAGGGAAAGUGGGGAUGCUGUCCCCUGCCAAAGGCUGUGUGCUGCGACGAUAAGACACACUGCUGUCCUGAAGACAGUACCUGUGAUGUGGAACAGUCCAAAUGUAUUUCCUUAUCUACCAAAAAACAAACGCCAAUGUGGGCCAAACUCCCUGCCAGGAUAAGAGCAGACUGGGAGAACCAGAAAGAAGGUGAAACAGUCACUGCAGAGAUUGCUGUUGAUGGUGGCUCAGAAAAAACCCCUAAGGUCACCACAGUAAAUGAAGUUCCUCCUUCACAGAAGGAAGUGUUUGUGUCAUCCACCACAAAGGCAGCUGCAGGCAACGAUAUCCCCUGCGAUGAUACAGUAGCCUGUGAAGAUGGCACCACAUGCUGUAAAACCAAAGAGGGUGGCUGGGCUUGCUGUCCUCUGCCAGAGGCUGUUUGUUGUGAAGAUAUGCUUCACUGCUGCCCAAAAGGUAAGAAAUGUAACCUGGUCGCCGAGACCUGCGAUGACGACACAUGCUCUGUGCCGUGGGUCCAGAAGGUACCCACAAUCCCCAGACAGGACGCACAGGUGGGGAAUGUUACGUGUGACUCCACCUACAGUUGUCCUGAUGGAUCCACCUGCUGCAAGACCACAACAGGAGAGUGGGCCUGCUGUCCUCUGCCUGAGGCGGUCUGUUGUGAAGACCACGAGCACUGCUGCCCUACUGGCACCACCUGUGACCUGGCAGAACAAACCUGUAAUGGCGCCUCAGGUUCAACGCCCAUGAAGCAGAAGAUACCUGCUUUUGCUACGGCAGCACCCACUACAGUGGCCCCCAUGACCCAAGAUCAAGCAACAAGCUCAAAGCAAGACGAGAAGAAGGAGCCUGAGACAGAGGAGGUGACAAAAGCAGAGAACAAUGAUGAUGACGAUGAUGAGGAGAAUAAAGAGGUGGGGAGCAUUCAGUGUGACCCCCACACCAGCUGCCCUCAGUCUGCUACUUGCUGCUUCAUGACCUCGUCUCAAAAGUGGGGCUGUUGCCCACUGCCACGGGCUGUGUGCUGCACUGAUGGGAACCACUGCUGUCCCAACCAGUACAAGUGCGAUGAGAGCCAAACCUCGUGCAUCAAAGGGGAAGUGGUGAUCCCCUGGUACACUAAGCUUCCAGCCACCAUCAGCAACGAGGCUGACCCCAGCUCUGUGCAGUGCGAAGAGCAGACCCAGUGUCCCGAACACACCACCUGCUGCCAGCUGCCGACAGGCGACUGGGGCUGCUGCCCAAUGCCAAAUGCUGUGUGCUGCACUGAUGGGAUCCACUGCUGUCCAUCCAACUACAAGUGUGAGGGGACCACCUGCAUCAGAGGGGACGUGGCGAUCUCUGCGUACACCAAGCUUCCAGCCACCACCAGCAUCAAGGCUGAUCCCAGCUUGUUGGUGAAAGAGCUUGAGACCAGCGUUAUCUGUGGCGACGGAGUUACAGAGUGUCCAUCUGGAAACACCUGCUGUAAAAGUGCAUCAGGAUCAUGGGGAUGCUGUCCUCUGCCACAGGCUGUGUGCUGCACUGAUGGGAUCCACUGCUGUCCAUCCAACUACAAGUGUGAGGGGACCACCUGCAUCAGAGGGGACGUGGCGAUCCCUGCGUACACCAAGCUUCCAGCCACCACCAGCAUCAAGGCUGAUCCCAGCUUGUUGGUGAAAGAGCUUGUGACCAGCGUUAUCUGUGGCGACGGAGUUACAGAGUGUCCAUCUGGAAACACCUGCUGUAAAAGUGCAUCAGGAUCAUGGGGAUGCUGUCCUCUGCCACAGGCUGUGUGCUGCACUGAUGGGAUCCACUGCUGUCCAUCCAACUACAAGUGUGAGGGGACCACCUGCAUCAGAGGGGACGUGGCGAUCCCUGCGUACACCAAGCUUCCAGCCACCACCAGCAUCAAGGCUGAUCCCAGCUUGUUGGUGAAAGAGCUUGUGACCAACAUUAUCUGUGGCGACGGAGUUACAGAGUGUCCAUCUGGAAACACCUGCUGUGAAACUGGAUCAGGAGUAUGGGGAUGCUGUCCUCUGCCACAGGCGGUGUGCUGCAGCAACAUGUUGCACUGCUGUCCCUAUGGCUACACCUGCACAGACACUGGACACUGCAUUCGGGAGAGCAGGCUCCACUGGCAGAACUGGCAGUUGACCCGUGCCAACAAAAAGAGAGCUCCACUUUUGUGAAAACAUCUCCCCCCUGCAUGUGUCAUGUGUUUCUGCGUGCAAUGUAUUAAUGGAAAAUAAUGUCAGAGGGAUUUAAUGAUAUUGAUACUUUGAUUUUUAUUCUUAGUGAAAGGAUGAAGGGUAUCUGUGAAACUGAAUUGCACCUGGGGUUACGGUAUUCUGUGAUCUUGGAGAGGCAACACCAAGUAUAUGCAAUUAAAUCAAGGCAUUAAGUUUUUAGUAACUCAUUUUAAAUUUCAUUUGAUUUGAUUUCACUUUAUUGUCAGAUGAAAACAAGUCUGAAAUUUGUCUUAAGGUCAGAUAGAUCCUUGUAUUUCUAAGCACACAGUUGCAAGCUAUUUGUGAAUAUUGCCUGUAGAGUGUUUUUAUUGGAUGGAGUUUCAGUCAAUCGUCUCUUUCUGUAUGUUCUUCUUCAGCAGCCGUGUGCUGCAAAGUGCAGAGUGCACCAUAAUUUGGGAACCAUACAUUGUAUAAAUAUGGGUAACAUGGGUCUUAGUCCACUUAAUAAAUAGCAUACACAUGAAACUACAUUUUACUGUAUUCUUUAAAAUGUAUACAUGCUUUGUGAUUACACAAACAACAAUAAAUCAUUACGUGGAAUUUUAUGCAGCUUGAUGAAAGGUUCUUCUAACUUUGGUCAUUUUUGGUGCAUCAUUAUUAUUAUUAUUGUUAUUAUUAUUAUUUUUUUAUUUCUUCAUUAUAACAAAAUCCUAAACUUUGGAGUUGACCAAGGAACAAAAACAUUUCCCUGAAAUAAAUAAUGCCCUUGUUAUUUAUUACA